AGUAAGGAUUGACCCGAGGGGCGGGGCCGCGGUUGUUGGAAUUGGGCCCAGCACCCGGGGAUCGUGGAGAAUUGAUGGAGUCAGCCCGGGGAUCCGGGCCCCUGGGAGUUCUGGCUUCGAAGAAGGCUAAAGACGGGUCGAAGAGCCGCAGUCGCCGGCGAUGGCGAAAAAGCAAAGCCAAAGCCUCACGGUUCUCGCACAACAUGGACCUGCACAGCAUCACACAGUCGCUGGUGACUCUGGCUGAAGACAACAUGGCCUUCUUCUCAAGCCAGGGCCCCGGGGAGACGGCCCGGCGACUGUCCAGUGUGUUUGCAGGGGUGCGGGAACAAGCGCUGGGGCUGGAGCCGGCCUUAGGCCGCCUGCUGAGCGUGGCACACCUCUUUGACCUGGACGCUGAGACACCUGCCAAUGGGUACCGCAGCCUGGUGCACACCGCCCGCUGCUGUCUGGCGCACCUGCUUCACAAGUGCCGUUACGUGGCUUCUAACCGGCGCAGCAUCUUCUUCCGGACCAGCCACAAUCUGGCUGAACUGGAGGCCUACCUGGCGGCCCUCACCCAGCUCCGGGCCCUGGCCUACUACGGGCAGCGCCUGCUAGCCAUCAACCGCCCAGGGGGGCUCUUCUUCGAGGGCGACGAGAAGAUCACCGCUGAGUUCCUGCGCGAGUAUGUCACACUGCACAAAGGCUGCUUCUACGGCCGCUGCCUGGGCUUCCAGUUCACGCCCGCCAUCCGGCCGUUCCUGCAGACCAUCUCCAUUGGGCUGGUAUCCUUUGGGGAGCACUACAAACGCAAUGAGACAGGCCUCAGUGUGACCGCCAGCUCCCUGUUCACCAGCGGCCGCUUUGCCAUCGACCCAGAGCUGCGCGGGGCCGAGUUUGAGCGGAUCAUACAAAACCUAGAUGUGCACUUCUGGAAAGCCUUCUGGAAUAUCACAGAGAUCGAAGUGCUGUCGUCUCUGGCCAACAUGGCAUCAGCCACAGUGAGGAUAAGCCGCCUGCUCAGCCUGCCGCCCGAGGCCUUUGAGAUGCCACUGACCUCUGACCCCAAGCUCACUGUCACCAUCUCGCCUCCCUUGGCCCACACAGGCCCUGGGCCUGUGUUGAUCAGGCUCAUCUCCUAUGACCUGCGGGAAGGACAGGACAGCGAAGAACUCAACAGCCUGGUGAAGUCCGAAGGGCCUCGGGGCCUGGAGCUGCGGCCACGGCCCCAGCAGGCCCCCCGAUCGCGCUCCCUGGUAAUACACAUCCACGGCGGGGGCUUCGUGGCCCAGACCUCCAGAUCCCACGAGCCCUACCUCAAGGGCUGGGCCCAGGAGCUGGGGGCCCCCAUCGUCUCCAUCGAUUACUCCUUGGCCCCUGAGGCCCCCUUCCCCCGGGCGCUAGAAGAAUGCUUCUUUGCCUACUGCUGGGCCGUAAAGCACUGUGCCCUGCUCGGUUCCACGGGGGAAAGGAUAUGCCUGGCAGGGGACAGCGCAGGCGGGAACCUCUGCUUUACUGUGUCCCUUCGGGCAGCCGCCUAUGGGGUACGGGUGCCAGAUGGCAUCAUGGCCGCCUACCCCGUCACCACGCUGCAGUCCGCCGCCUCUCCCUCCCGCCUCCUGAGCAUCAUGGACCCCCUCCUGCCCCUCAGUGUGCUUUCCAAAUGCGUCAGCGCCUAUUCGGGUGCAGAGACAGAGGACCAGUCUGACUCGGACCAGAAAGCCCUGGGCAUGAUGGGGCUGGUGCGGCGGGACACGUCCCUGCUCCUCAGAGACCUCCGCCUCGGUGCCUCCUCAUGGCUCAACUCCUUCCUGGAGCUGAGCGGACGCAAGUCCCAGAAGUCUUCCAUAGCCCCAGUAGUCCCGGAUUCUGCCCCUCCCACAGAGUCUAUGCGCAGGAGUGUGUCUGAAGCUGCCCUGGCCCAGCCCGAGUGCCCGCUGACCCUGAAGGAACUGAGCCUGAAGGGCAGCUCCGAGGCGACGGAUACCCCAGAGAUGUCCCUGUCUGUGGAGACACUCGGUCCCAACACACCCUCCGAUGUCAACUUCUUCCUGCGACCCGAGCACCCACGGGAAGAAGAUGAGGUCAAGGAGGAGCUGAACCCCAAGGACAGAAGCCAGGGAGUCAGCAACGCCUUCCCUGAGGGCUUCCACCCGAGGCGCUCCAGCCAAGGAGCCAUCCGCAUGCCCCUCUACUCUGCGCCCAUCGUCAAAAACCCCUUCAUGUCGCCUUUGCUGGCACCGGACAGCAUGCUGAAGACCCUGCCACCCGUGCACAUGGUGGCCUGCGCCCUGGACCCCAUGCUGGACGACUCGGUGAUGUUCGCACGGCGGCUGCGCGGCCUGGGGCAGCCGGUGACGCUGCGCGUGGUGGAGGGGCUGCCGCACGGCUUCCUGAGCCUGGCGGCGCUGUGCCGGGAGACGCGCCAGGCCACCGAGCUGUGCGUGGAGCGCAUCCGCCUGGUGCUCAGCCCGCCGCCCGCCGCGCCGCCGCCCUGAGCCGGGCCGGAGGGGGAACCGGGGGACCGGGAGGGGAGGGAGGGGGCCGCACUAAAGUCCUCUGGCUCCCACCCGCGCCCGCCUCCGUGGUGAAUGCGCCCCGGGGCCCCUCGGAUGGGGAGCGGGGCGGGCU